CAAACAGCGCUCUGGCGAUAAACAUCAAGGACAUUUUAAAUCUUGAAGGGAUCUUAAAGACUGAUUCUGAUCUACGAAGAUUUAUAACUCAGCUUUUUCCGAAAGGUCAGAUUCACGGGUGAUUAUAGGAAUCAGGUAACAUCUUAACUCUAACAGGUGCCCGGACUGGCAAAUCCGGAAUAGGUUGUCCAAAAAGCCCGUGUGAAUUGAUCUGUGAAUUCUGAUACCAGUCGACAAUGUUUGGAUACGCGAUAGUGGGAUCAUAUUUAUAAUAUUUUGAUCCAAUCGUUCGCGAUUUGUGGUGAGAUUUUGUUAUGAACUGCUUCCAAUAAGUUCGAUCAGUACUAUGGAAUCAUAUAUUGAACUCGUUUUGUGGUGUCAAAUAUUUUCACUUUCCUUGUGAUCUAUAGAUGAUAUCGUAAAAGGUCUUCAGUGACUGUAUCACAAUAACUCUUAACACACCGAACAUUAACGGUUUAUAUGUUACAAACAAUGACGUGACCCUGAUCUGAUGGUAGAUAUCGGAGAACGAUUAGCAGCUAUUAAUUUACCUUUCAUUGAGGUUAUAUCGACGCUUGUCUCCUGAUCGAUAACAAAAAUUCGAUCAGAUUUCCCAUCGAUUUGUGAUGUAUGCUUCAUCAAAUCAUGUGAUGUGAAUCAAGUUAAUCUACAUUGAUUCUUAUGGUGGAAAUUAAAUUAUUUUCGAAAAGAAUUUCUGUCAGUCUUCGCAGCUUAGGACAAUAUGUGUUCGCAGCCUAGGACGGUAUGUGUUCGCCGCUUAGGACGGUAUAUGUUCACAGCUUGGGACGGUAUGUGUUCGUCGCUUAGGACGGUAUAUGUUCACAGCUUAGAACAGUAUGUGUUUGCCGAUUAGGACGGUAUGUGUUCGCCGCUUAGGACGAUAUGUGUUCACAGCUUAGGACGAUAUGUGUUCACAGCCUAGGACGGUAUGUGUUCGUCGCUUAGGACGGUAUUUGUUCACAGUUUAGAACAGUAUGUGUUCGCCGAUUAGGACGGUAUGUGUUCGCCGCUUAGGACGAUAUAUGUUCGCAAUCAUUGACAGUAUUUGUUAGUCAAGAACAAAAGGACAUGUGCAGUAUAUGUGCAUUUAUGAGACAUUGAAGUAAUAAGAAAAAUUAAGAACAAAAACCAAUCAAAUUACGAUCUUGUCCAGAAAGUCAAGAGGUGGUUCUGACCAUGUUUGUGUUAAAAGGAUGUUAACACUUGAUUUGAAUCAAACCUGAUCCCGUUAGUUUCGAUAUCCGUUUAUUAUAUUGUAAAAUAGACGAUACGAGUUCAAUUCAAAUAGUUCAGUUUAAAGAGUGUGUUAUGUGCGAUUUAAAGUGGUAGCAUUUUAAGAUUGCAUGAUAUUUGUAUACAUGCAUGACGGAGAAGAUCUACUACGCUGGAUUUCAUUUCAAACUAGCAUAAAGGAAGCUGUACUGGAUUUGACCUGGAGGGGAAUUAACAAUACUGUAUAUAGCAUUAAAGCUGUGUACGUCGAUUAUCUGUACAUAAAAGGUACAUUGUGUUUACCAUGUGUGAAAAUUUUCUCCCGUGAGAAAUAUCCAGAAAUGUCGGUCGAUAUCCGCUCAAAUUGUCUCCGUUAAAUACAAUAUACCAUCUACAGUUAAACACAUACAAAGAAAAACAAAACUCGUGUCAUCUCGACUGAGGAAGACAUUCUGGCAGUUUUAUCUGUGGUGUUGACAAAGUUGACUAUACCUUCCCGUGAUCACCCUGACAUUGUACACACGAUCUUACUGAGAAUCAUCUCAACGUGAUUACCGAGUGAAUUAUUUAAUGAAGAACUAAUGCGUUGUCAAUAACGUUACGGGCGUGGGAUUGGAAUGACACACAAUCGCUAAAACCAAUUACUGUCAACUAUAGGUAAGGCUGAAAUACAGCCUAAGAUAUAUACCUGAUUGCUGUUGGUGUAAAUGAAAGUUUGAAACGGCGUGCGAAUACGUAAUUGAAUAUACACUGGUCAAUAAGGACUUUUCAAUUGGAACAGUACUUCAAUACAGGGGACUAUAGCAUGGAACUUAUGACAAACAUACAUUGAAACGUUUUCAACAACAGUGUUUGGUGUUUGUUUGUGUGAUUACUGUGUGCCUUGGGUUACUGGAAAGGGACAACUAGUCGGCUAUAUGUUUGUGAUCUGUUGCGCAUGGAACAAGAGGCGAAACAGUCAAUAUGUUUAUUAUUCUAAAACAUGUUUUUGUAACGGAACUGCACAUUCUGCGGGAACCAUUUAAGAUGGUGAGGGGUGUUCUUCAUUGAUGCUGCAGAUGUCGACGUACCAAAUAGCUGAUUUGUAAUAGUUUUAAUUGAACGCGUAUUCGUCCAAAUCCCCAACAUUUCAAAGGCAAUACUUCAGAUAUCGCGAAUCGAAUUGUCAUCAUUUAUAAUAACUAUGUAUUUCGACAAACAUGUACGCCAUUUGCACAUGCUCCGAUAUCAAUGACGGAUGGAGAGCCAUUUAAGUGGAAAGGCUCGAUGUUCUAUACACAAGAGUCAAAUUCGUGUCUCUUUUUGUGUAAGCAUUUGAAACAAUUAUAACUGGAACAUUGUUUUAUAUAUGGUUUUCUAAAUUUUCGGGGAUUUCAAGUUCUAACAAUCUAACAGGAAAGUUUAAGUGCAUCGAGCAGUGUGCCUUGAGACCAUACAUCUCGUGCGCUUAAAAUGUGAAUUAUAUUGACAAACAUGGUCUAAAUGGAACGUGGUAUUUUGUUCCUUUUUCCGGAGACCUUCAUAGCCUGCAGUUGUGAAGCACAGUCCAGUUGUAUUUACCGCAGUUUACUUGGGAACAUAUUGUUGUGCAUCUUACAUACGGUUUUGAAUCGUGAAGUUUAUGUUGCCUAAAAACGACAGCUUGUGCAAUUUCAAUAAUAUUCAAAAGCACUUUGGUAGCACGAACUUGGACAUUCGGAACUCCACUACAGAUGACAUCACAGUUGUAAUGUCAACAUCCGUAGCUAAACAUAAAAGGAUGGAGCUACCAGAUCGGGAGGAGGGUCUGUCGUUUCGUCAGGCGAUCCAGCGCAUGAAGAGGGAGAGACUGUGCCAGAGUGAAAUGAUAAGUAAAGAUAUAGGUCCUACUCUCCCCAGAAUUUCCUCCGAGAAACCCAUCAGGCGACAUCUUCCCAGUGAGGAGCAAUGCAUAUCUUUUCAAGAGGUUGUAAGGCGUAUGAAAUCAGAACGACAGUUCAGGGAAGUCUUUAGGGAUAGUAAGGGCGGGAUAUCUGAGGGAAAAUUGAGAGAAGAAAUUACCGCUCACGAGGGCGAUAAAUCAGAAAGUGACGAUAUAGAAACAGACAGGUUGAUGGAGAGAACCAGUAUCGAUCCCCGUCGUGCGAGGAGCCUGCCGUGGUUCGAGGACGGUCGGACAUCGUACCAACAUCACGCGGAUUAUCUCAAACGUUUGUCCUCGCUCAGGGACGAGCUUAUCAACCAGGAACAAGAGAAUCUAUCAAACGCUCUCGAGCGGCUCAAACAGCGGCAAAACGGCAAAGAGAACCGGACCACAAUGCGACCACGUGACACGGAUGGGUUUGGAUUCGAUGUUCCGCCACGUAAGGCGCUUCUGACAACUGUUGAACAGUUCAAACGGACCCGGCCCAGGCGUAGUCCGCCAAGGAUAAUGUCCCUCGAGGGAAAGCAAAUAAUGGAGCCACAGGCGUUUUUCAAAUCCCCUCGUAGUCCAUUAUUGUCUACGUCGUCACUUCCGGGUCGAACUCCAGAUGAUAGCUUCAAACUGAACUUGCAGAGGUUAAUCCAGCCUACGUCUAGCAUUCCAAACAUCGGACGAAAGUCAACAACCUCUAACAAACAAUUGGUUCUCGAAACCUCUCCGUUACAAAAGAAAUCUACGUCCCCUAAAUUAUACCCAUACCCUUCUCUAGAACGACCCGGUCAAAUAUAUAAAGGUACACUCAAAACUGGGGGCCGUCUCAAAGGUUUAAUAAAACCAGACGACGACAACGACUACGAUGAUAUCCUACCGCCUAGUUUUCAACAUUCUGACACAAUGGACCAAGACAAAAUGAGUUUGGAGCAACUUAAGGACUAUUACUGCAUUUACUAUCUCCCCACGAACACACCCGUAGUUCCGAAUGAAGACGAUCUGUCUUUUUAUGGAGAAUCCGUAAAGAGCAGUCGGAGAUCCGACGGGAGAGAUAGUAGAAAACGAGUGAACGCCGUAGAGGGCAGAUCAAUUUUGAAGAGACUCGACAAAUCGAGACACAGAACAAAUCCCAGGCGCACACCACGACGUGACCGGAAGUACUAUUCCGAAAGUCAUAAUUACGACUCGGAUUAUUCAGGCGACACACCACCCUCUUCAAGCAAGAGACAGAUCGUUGUUGACAUGCCAGCGAUUGUAUUCAACACAGCUACUCCCGAACGGACUCGGUUAGAGUUUGACCCCCAGUUAAACCCGUUGCGUAAGACUUACAAACAAAACGAAAUCCGACAGAGGGAGUUGAAAAAUCUUAUCGAAGAUGUGAAAGAACUGAACUUACGGAAUGACACUCUAACUGGAUUCUUACAGAAGGCACCGGACGAAUAACGAGAUUUAUCUCCCUUCGUUCAAUGGUUCUGAUAUAUUAUUUACAUAUUGUGCACAACAUACAAUUUUCUUUGAACUGCAUAGUAAGUACACAUGUUUUUCAACAGAUACACUUUACGUACAGUAGUGUUUUGUGGGAGAAAUGAGGACUGACAGUACUGUUAUGAUAUCCUCUUACGAACGUAACUUCAUGUGUAUACAUUCGAAGUGUGACAUGGUUAUCUCCCUUGGUAGUGUUUAUGUAGAGCGUCACAGAUAAACUAGUAAUAUGUUGGGUUCAGGAAAUAAUUAAGGGUUUUCGAGAACGCUCUUGUAAGUCAACUGUUGGUUAAAUUUGGUUUCACGUUAGGUCUCUUAUAUGUAUCGAUGUAAUAUCAUAGACAGCAAAUAUACAUGUACAUUACAUUCUAUUUCUGUUUUAGACGCUCGUCAUCCAUGGCAUUAGUAUAACACACAUGUAUACAAUACGUCAACGGUUUGUACGUGUAACGUGUUACCACAGGCAUAUGGGUUCGUGAUAUUAUAUAUAUACUGCGUACUAGAGUCUGACAACAGUGCCCCGAACACCCGUUUCAUCAUUCUUUAUUCUUUUAAUUAACGGCUUGACGUAUCAAACUCUUUUGUAAUGAUCUCCAAUGGGAAUUUCUAAAAAUAAUAUUAUGACAAGAAACUUUGAGAAUUGAAUGAUUUAUUUAUUUAAAUUUCACAAUGAUAAUUUAUACUAGUCUAUAUUAUUUGUAUAGUCCCUAAUACCCUAACCACAUGCGCGUGUGGCGUGUGACGCAUCGAUGCUGUACAACCCAAUUUAGAAGGAGCAAAGUAUUUAUCUCAUAAAAGUUCUGGUUUAUUCAACAUUUAAGUUUUGAAAAAUCAUAUGAUCACAAUACUAUGUACUGUGGUAUUACAUGAGUAAAGGUCCGGAUUUUACAGGUUUUUGGUUUGCAUAGGGUUCGGUAUAAACAGGUUUUUUAAUAUAUAAUAUCACAUGUUAGGUUCUAUAAAUACAAACGUUACAAUUAGUGGUUUGGAUGACUAGCGAAAACUUUUUUUUUUAAUUAUUUUAAACCAUACAAUUGCAAAAAACAAUAAUUUGAAAUUUUGCACAUUAUUAUCAUAUUUCCUGAGCAAAGACCGUUUCAUGUUCAUAGAUAAAUGACAAGGAAACUUUAUCCGAGGGGUUUUCAAAUAUAUAUUUUUUUCUCCAUAAUUUGGAAGUCCGAAGGGUACUGUAGAAUGCCCUCGUCUUGCAUCUCUGGACAUGAAUGAGCGUUCCUCUGAUCCCUACAGGUUUAAGCAUUCCGGAAUCAAUUAUGCCAUAACGGUAAAUUAAAAUAAGGCGGAAAUUCCCGAUGAUUACCGAUUAAAGUGUGUUGCCUGUUGAGAUAAGCAACUAUAGAGAAUAUUAUCUUAUUUCUACAUUCCGUAAAAAUCGUUGCAAAACCAGAACUGUAUCUAUAGUUUUAAGCGUAAAUAUUAUACACAAUGUUUUUAUGAUUAAAAUGCAUAUUUUAAACAUGUCUGGUGGUAUGAAACAAGGUUGCGUUCAAACAUAUAUUGAAGAUAAAGUACUGAGCAUUACAUUCUCGAAUGGAACUGUGCCACAUUAUAUUCCAUGCGUGUUUAAAAUAUGAACAUGAAUCCUUACUUUCAUAUCGAUAUUUUAUGGAUCAUUAAAGAAAUUCUUUAGUUCUUUUAUCAUCACUUAAGCACACUUUGCAGAAUUUAGUUUUGUUGUAAAAGGGAGAUAUAAUUAGAUAAACUUGAUAUCUAAAAAUAGAAUACAAUCAUUUACAGUGAUUGCCAUUUGUUGUAUUUGAUCGUUAACAAUUAUUGUCCACGAGAACUCCACAUUGAAAAAUAUAAUUGUAUUCCGUAUGACUGGUGAAUUUCGCUGUUGCUGUUAUUUCAAUUUUUACUUUAAAUGCUUUUAUUUAACAUUCACGAUUAAAAAAUUCCAUUGAUCUUGGAACUCAUAUAUUAGGGCUGCAACGAUACGCAUACUUAAAAGCUAAAUUUUAUUUAUCAUGAUAUUUUGGGUUCCGGAAUGGUUAGAAUAGCGUUAGUUGAAAGAGCGAUCGGGAACUGUCGGCACUUUCCAUAAGCGAGAACAUAUGUUUUCGUUUACGGAAAGUGCUGAGAAUUCUCGAGUAGUGGAAAAGUAGGACGAAACUAAAGCGAGGCCAAAGGUAACGUAAGUCGUGGUUCGCAGUUGAGUAUUCACCGUUAUUCUGUUAAGAAUUUUAUUUAUUUAUUUUUGACAAUGAUUCACGCAAGUUGUGCUGUACACUAUACAUGUUUUUUUUUGUAAAUAACUGUUUUAUUUAAUUACAGGAAUCAUCUAAAUAAAAACAAAGUUAUCACAUGAGCACUGAAUUAAUUAUGUUUAUUGAAAUCCAACAAUUUUACAUUCUUCGUGACCCCAUAUACAGAGGAGUAAUACUGAACACAAUGCGUAAUAAAAUAUAUACAAAAAUGAUCUAAAUUAAUUUUUCUAUUGUAAUUUUUCGUUUCGUCGCUAUCAAAAUGCUUUAGGUGUAAUAAUAUAGGUUUGUUGUUCCAUUUGUGUAGUCGAGUACUGUUUGUUUGUAUGUGAUUAAACGUUCUCGCAGCAAAUAGGGUAAAAUUAAGACGGGUGCAAAAGAAGACACUGUCUAAAGGAAGGACGAUCGAAGUCAGAAAGGGAAGUUAAUGGAACAUAGCUUAAGCGUAAAUUUGGGUUUCUUCAAUGUCCCCAAGCAGACGACAACCCCCGAUUUUGCAAAAACGGCCUCAAUUAAAUCGCUUCUUACGUUAUGUUAUUAAGGGAUAAAGGAAGAUUUGUUUUCCAAGAAAAUGCCAGGUUACCUAUAACGAUAUCCCUUGAGCCUUCACCGUAUUCCACGUUCGAGUGUCAUUUAGAUUACCCCAUAACCAUCUAUACCAGCAUGCAUAUGUAGCACUGUGUCACUGGAUAACAUCCACAGCAGUAUACCCUUUAUCAAUUAUUUAUUUUGACAGAAAUCUAGAAAGAGGUUCAAAUAGGCAUUGGAUGGAUUUUUUCAUGUACAUUGCGGCAAUGAAUAGAAGUAGCUGAUCUACAUAUCCUGUGGAGCACGUUAGCGUUCCCCAGAAUAUAUGUA